CAAGCCGGCUUGAACGGAAAGCCUGACAUGCCUGAUGAUAGCAGCCUGACAUGAGUUUGGCUGCCGAAAGCACCUGCGACACCCGUACAUAGAUGAGAAAUUGAAUACUAAUUUAGGUAACUUGCACUGAAUGCAAGUGGGCGACUAUCCCGUAUAUCAAUACCAGCAAGUGAUCGAAAUUCUAAAGUUGAAAAUGUCUUUCCGCGACAAGCAAUCCCGGAAUCUGUGCUACGCCUCCCGAGACCGUUACUGGGAGUGUCUCGACGCCGUUCCUUUGACGAGGGACUCGAGUAGUGACGGAAAUUAUUUAAAUGGCGGCACACAAUGGCGGCGCAAUGGAACGUGUUCAAAUGACAGCGGCAACGAGAUUUCUUCUAAUGGAAUUAGCAACGGACAGCAUCGGAGUUUAGAAGGUGGUCAGACGUGCUCGAAGACCAUGCAGAGUGACGCAAGCAAGGAUGUGACACGCCCUGCGUCGCACCAAGCCAAGUAUGGCGCUCGUCUGCAAGCCAACACGUCGCAUGAUGGAGCCUUGAAGCCGUGCAUGGAACUGCGGCGACUGUGCCAGGCCUCCUGCCCUGAGCAUUGGGUUAAGCACUUCGAUAGGAAGCGGCAGUAUCUGCUCUUCAGGGAGAAAGUCGCAGCCGUUGGUAUGAUGGACUCAGCAGGCGACUCGUCGAGAAACCGAGCGCAGAUCGCAGAUCAGCCAUCAUCGACUGGCAGGCAGGAUGAGGCGAGAACCCCACAAACUGCUCGGUUAAGAAGCAGAACAAGAGAAACAACAGCCGAUGUAAAAAACAGAUAUUCUCUCGGGUCCUGUUUGCCUGAUAUUAACAUCAUACCAGCCCUACCAGAACUGUCAAGCUCAAGCAUUAAUGGGAAUUUAACAGGUGCAUUAGAAUCUCACGUCAGUGGUGACAGUGACUCUAAGUCUAGACUCCAAGUGCCUGGUGAUCAACCAUUCAACCUAUUCGACAACUUGAGCCUAAGUUCUUUGAUUUGUGGUAGACUAUCACGUACUGUGAGUGACUCGUCGCUGUCUAAUUUGGUAGGGAACUCCUCCUCUACCGAUCGUCUCCGCAUUUCACGUUCUAGCAACGAAAUAAGCAGUUACCCACUUGAGCGAAGGUAUCUUUCCGAAAAGAUUUCUUUGGAUUUUCAAAAGCCUUUCGCAUCUUCUAGUUCACUUUCUACAAGCAUUUCAGGGUGCUCGUCUUUAGCUCCUCCUACGGCUCCUACUGAUCUUUCGCCACCUACUUUUCCUACACGGCAACGAAGGGUCUACAGUCAGGCUGUGCUUCGACAGAGGCUAGUGCCCACCAAUUGAUUUCUCAAUCUAGGUUGCCAUCACUUUCUGUUGAGCAUAUUUUGAUAAUGGAGAUACGUAUUUGCGCUGUAAAAUAUGCAUAAUUGUCUAUUUUUUGUCUGUAAGUAUCUUUAUGACUCCCUACCAGAGCUGCAAGAGCUGAAAGGCAUUUAUAUGCGAAGUGAUUUCUACGUAAUCGUGGCCAUGAGUCAAAACUGUUUAAAAUACGAACUCUUUUUGAUGUAUUUUAAGCUUGCGUUACGUCAUAUGUAAAUAAAAUGAAUAUUUUCGCCUAUCUGUGCCGGAGAUACUUUAGUCUUGCAGCGGCUAAUCAAAUGUAAACAUUAAAUUUCUACAUUUAUCAAAGGUUCUCGAUGUAAGCUCAUAACAGAUGUUUUGCCCUUUACGUCAAUUUUGAGAACGAACAAUGGUUGACAAUGUUUCUCUUUACAAAUUAACAUUCGCACAUUGUGUCUAUGAACAGAAGGUCUAGUUAUACCUGAACAGAAAUCCCAUGUGAAGAGUCCAUUACGAUUGUCCAAAAACAAAGAAACUCUCAGAGAUCAUUCCGAGUUCUUCACCAAUGCAAGUACGAUAAAUAAAAUUAUCUGAUAACAAUUACAAAUAUUUUAUCUUAUGAAACAAAUAUUUAUGUAAUGCAGAAGCAGGUUAAAAGAUUUUCAUCUAACUACUAACUCUGACUAACUACUAAGUGUGCCGUCAAAAACCAUUGAGAAUCGUGGCAGGUAAUCCAGGGCAUAUCAGGAGCCAUGCAAUGACGGGUAAUGAGCGGUCGUUGACUCGGCAAUCUAUUUUAACUGGAUUUAGGAUUGCAUAUAAUGCACAUUAAACUAAUCACUAGAUUGAUAUUGAGAACAAAAAAAAAACUAUUUAUCACAAAUGAUAAUAAUACUUCUUAGACUUCUUUGCUAAAUCCUAUCCUCGAGACUUGCAAUGCCAAAUCUACAAAUGAUGAUCGAUCGAUCGAGUGAUGCAAUCCAAUGUUAUGGCUGUCCGUGAUCCUGACGCAGGGAAGUUGACGGUGUCUCAAGGCCAGUAUGAGGGAAAUAUGACGAGCCUUGUCUACGUGACUGAACGCGCCGUUCGCCUACGCAGGAAAGAGGCUAAAUAAUAAGACACGGAUUCCCUACGUAACAGGACAAGAACCUACGUAACAAGAGAAAACUUUCAUACAGAAAAGUAAAAGAUCCUACAUAACACGACACGGCGUUCCCGCCUAACAGGACAGUAGCCUACAAAAUAAAACAAAAGCCUGUGCAUAAAACGAGACGUUGCAAUGAAAACUCAAAUCCUCAGAAUUUUAAGCAAAAAAUUCAUCGUUUAUAUUCAAUGCAAGAAUUUAGUUCUAGUUCGCUUUUAUAUAUAACUGCUUAAGAUGUGUAGUCGAAGUAUUCUUAUACACAUGAAUGUUUAAAAUUAGUUCCUGUACUGUAUCUGCCUGAUAAUAAACUAUCUGCUAUUUUACCGGACUACUGAAGAGCUCACUAAUAAUUACCACACUCACUAUUAAUUGGCGUUUCCUGUUCUUUUAUUUCACCAUUAGAUGGAGGCCAAAUAUAUCGAAUUUAUCUCAGCUAUGGUGUCUAUCUUCAGUGUCUUUCAGGUUGACACCCAUGCUAAGCCCCCACUUUUUCGGUAUAGCGGCGCUAAGCCACCUAAGAACCAUAAUCAUGUUCAAGUUUAUAAUUAUUUAUUUUAUGAUUAGUAUUUAUU